AUGCCCUGGCGAGGAAUCCUUUCCUGUGUUUUGCCACAGAGGAAAACCAGAGCCUUGGCAGGACAUUGCCAAGAAGGUUUGCAGGGCAGCAGCUGCAAGGAGCUGGUGAGUUGGAGGAAGGAGAAUGGGGUGAUCUUUGUGGGGGGAAGGAGGUUUCACUGGGGUUGGAGACGAAAAGAAACAGCUGGGGAGAAAGGGAUUACUUUUUGCUCCGUGCAAAGAGAGAGGGGCAUUCUCCCCAAAUGUGCCCGGAAAGAGAAAAUUGUAUUUACUGGCACAUUGGUGCUGCGCUGUUCAUUUUGAGCUGCUUUCGUUGGCAUAACAGGGUGGUGUGCAGUUCUAUCAUAAGGCAGAAAGCCAAAUGGUCAAAUAUUUUGGCAGGCGGACAAGACCAAUCUGAUCAAUAAAAAAAUGUUUGUAUGCCGCUAAAAAAUAUCAAAGUGGUUUACAACAAACGAGUACACACAAACACACACUAAAGAAACAUGUAAAAAUGAAAACCCAAGAUCAUCCACUAACUAUUUUUAGUAGCCUGCAUAAGUCUGGCAGCAUGGGAAAGUUCGCAGCAGACUUUUAAAGAUUAAAGAGAAGGCAUCCAUUGGGUCUCUAUUGAGCUUUCCACAGGAUUGGGUCAAUGACCCUAAAGGCUCCCGUUUCUUGCUGCUCUCAGCCUGGAUGUGAUCCCUCUGAUCUGAGCCAGGCUAUAAGGCUUGAGGUGGCCCCUACACAUUUUGAUCCCCCUUUCAUCUUCCUUCUCUCUUUGCCGAAACUUAUUUUCCUGGCUGUAAUCAUAUUUUCCACCCUGGGCUCCUUUGGGGGAAGGGCAGAGUAUGUCUUAAAUAAAUGAAUAAAUAUUCCCCUGGAAGGGUCUUGAAUACUUCUCCCUUAAAAGGGGAAAGCUAGAAACCUGGAGAGUAUUUUAUUACUAUCACUAUUAUUUCUUUGUGUUCUCCAGAUGUUUCAGACUAUAACUCCCAUCGGCCUCAGCCAGUGCAGGAUGGCACUGAUGGGAGUUGUAGUCCGAAACGAAAUGUCAGGAGGGUGCUGGAGAAGGCUGAUGUACCGUAUAUAAAGCUCUACAUCUAGGGCAAGGGUAGAAAUUUGGUUCACUAAUUUUUAUUAUUAGUUACAUUUGCAUACCAUAGAUCUCAGGGAGAUCCAUAGAUCUCAGGGAGGUUCACAGCAUUGAAAUACAAGAUAAAAACACAAAUGCAUAAUAAAAACAAGAACAAAGCAAACCAAUAACCCCCAGCCCUCCUAAUUUACACUUCCUGGAAAUAAUAUGUGACCAAAACACCGGGAUCCUUCAAAAUGUGCACUUAUCCGAAAUUUGCAUUGCCAUUCCCCAGCCAAAAGGAUGUGUAUGAAACUGCAUAUAUUUGUGAGACAUAGAAUAUAGGAAAAAUAUUUUCCGUUUGUGAAAGUCGCUUGCCAAAAAUGUACAUAUUAGGCAAAAAUGCAUAGAAAGAGGUUUAUUUUAGGUCAAAUGGGCACUAACAAAGUUUCAUAAGGAACUUUUUUUAAAAAGUAAAUUGCCAAAGGAUUCCCUUUAUGGCACGACAAUGGACGCCAAAAUAUUGUCAUGCUUUCUCAUCAGGCAAAAAACAAAGAGGUGCAAACCUUGAAAUGUGAAGAGGGCGCAGCGCAUGCCGCCUCACCUCUUGCAACAUGAGCGGCAAUGCCUAAACCCAUGGAAAAGGUGGCAAAAUUGCAGUGAGAAACACCACCAGGUUGAGUGGGAUGCAAACAGAUUUCUUUGGGAAUCAAAUGACACGGAAACAAGUGCUAAACUUGUGCGAUAUGCCAUUGCAUUGCAGCUCAAAUAUUAUGCGCAAAAUAACAGGGAAAUAUAGGCACGCAGGUGGCGCUGUGUUAAACCACAGAGCCUAGGACUUGCUGAUCAGAAGGUCGGCGGUUCGAAUCUCCGCGACGGGGUGAGCUCCCGUUGCUCGGUCCCUGCUCCUGCCAACCUAGCAGUUCGAAAGCACAUCAAAGUGCAAGUAGAUAAAUAGGUACCGCUCCGGCGGGAAGGUAAACAGCGUUUCUGUGCGCUGCUCUGGUUCGCCAGAAGCAGCUUAGUCAGGCUGGCCACAUGACCCAGAAGCUGUACGCCAGCUUCCUCGGCCAAUAAAGCGAGAUGAGCACCGCAACCCCAGAGUGGGUCACGACUGGACCUAAAGGUCAGGGGUCCCUUUACCUUUACCUUAACUGGGAAAUGGAAUAAACUGCAGCGUGAAGCUGAAAGCAGUCUGCUCCAAAAGUAACAGCAGUUUAACAGCUUUUUCUUCUCUCGGUUAUCUUCUUUCAGGGAGAAGGCCCAGUCGCCAGUCGAAAAGGCCCCCAACUUUUCUUUAGGUACCAGUUUGGCAAAAAGAGACUCCGAUCCUCAUGUUUGGAUGCUUAG